UGAAGCGCGGAAAAUAGACUUCACAACCUGUAAAGUUGUGGAGUAGGAUUUCCCAUUGCCAAGCCUUGACCCGAUAGAGGAGGAGGAGGCUGCGAGGAAGAGGAAGAUGGCCCAGGAGCCCCAGGCAGACAAGGAGCUGAGCACGGAGAGCUGGGAGGACAAAUCCCCAUGGCAGAACCUGGUGGAAGAGGCCGUUUGCAGCGGCUCCAUGGCGCAGGAAUCCAACGGGGAGGAAAAGCCACAGAGAUCCCGCACCAGGAGGGGCUGCAAACGCAGAUCGCGGGGAUCUGAGGAGGAAAGACCCAGCCUGGGCCGGGCAGGCGGCCAGAGAUGGAGUCAGAGCUCGGACCUGGUGUUCCAUGAGCAGCUUCGUGAUGGGGAGAAGCGCCACAAGUGCUCGGAGUGUGGGAUGAGCUUCAGAUGGAGGUUCCUCCUGAUCUGCCAUCAGAGGAUCCACACUGUGGAGAGGCCCUAUGAGUGUGAGGAGUGUGGGAAGAGGUUUCAGACCAGCAGCAAUCUCGUCUUGCACCAGCACACGCACACAGAGGAGAAGCCCUUCCGCUGCCCUGACUGUGGGAAGGGAUUCAGGCAAAACUCCCACCUCACUGAACACUGGCGCAUCCACACCGGGGAAAAGCCCCACGAGUGUGAGCACUGUGGGAAGGGCUUCAUUGAGCGUGCCCUAUUGUUCUCUCACCACUCUACUUCUGGGGACAUGGGCGUCCACAUGGCGAACCUUCACGGGUAG